AUGAACAUGUUUGCACGUUCUGGCGAUGGAGCAGAGGAGUUCAAACUCUAUCAUUAUGACCCGACUGUGGCCGGUGCUGUUAUUUUCACCAUCCUCUUUCUCGCCACAACUCUCCUCCAUUCAUGGCAACUUGUUCGAGGACGAUCUUGGUUCGUGAUCCCAUUGACCCUUGGUGGUUUCUGUAAGCUUACCUGCUCCUUCAACCGCACCAUUGAGUCUAACAUUUUACCCCUUCUUCUAGUCCAGGUUGUUGGAUAUGCCGCGCGAGCAAAGUCUGGUAACGAGAGUCCUAAUUGGACCCUCGGCCCUUAUAUCAUACAAAGCAUUCUCCUUCUCGUCGCCCCUGCGCUUUAUGCUGCAACGAUAUAUAUGGAGCUAGGUAGAAUUGUUCUGAUGAUAGACGGCGAAGGCCGUGUUUUGAUCUCCAAGAAGUGGAUGACCAAGAUCUUUGUUACUGGAGAUGUGCUAUCAUUUAUCAUGCAGGCAGGAGGCGGUGGUUAUCAGUCGUCUGGUACAAUCGAAGCUCUCAGAGCCGGAUCCAAAAUUAUCAUCGGCGGUCUCUUCGUCCAACUCCUCUUCUUCGGCGUUUUCAUCGUGAUUGCGAUCGCCUUUCAUCGUGCAAUCAGCGCCAACCCGACUGCCCGCUCCUCAAGCGGUCUUCCAUGGCAGAAACACAUGCUUGCUCUGUACAUUGGAAGUUUCCUUAUCAUGGUGCGAUCUAUCUUCAGGGCCGUCGAGUAUCUGCAGGGCUUCGACGGCUACCUGCUCAAACAUGAGGCCUACCUGUACAUCUUCGAUGCCUGUCUCAUGUUCUUUGUCAUGAUCUUGUUCAACUAUUUCCAUCCAUCUGAAAUUACUGAAAUCUUGAAUGGAAGGGGUGCUGGUAAGAGCUACAGCAUGCAUGCAUUUACCGAGGUUUAG